AAUAUCUCGUGGGUCGACAUGAACAUUGAAGCCGCGUACUCGCGAUGGUCGGCCAUCUAUGACACCAACACGAAUCGAACGCGGGACUUGGAAGGCGCCGUGGCCCACGACUUCCUGUCAUCCCACAAGUUCACCGAUGCCCUCGAAAUGGGCUGUGGGACAGGUAAGAAUACGGCGUGGCUCCAGACCAAGUGCGAUCGAGUCAUCUCCGUGGACCUGACGCAAGCCAUGCUCGACAUCGCUGCGACCAAAGUGAACUCUCCACAUGUGACGUUUGUCAAGGCAGACAUGGUGGAAACCCCAUGGACGUCGUUUGUUACCUCCAAGGUUGACCUCGUCACAUUCAGUUUGGUCCUGGAGCACGUCCAAGACUUAAAUGUCGUGUUCGAACAAGCGGAUAGAGUUCUAAAGGCCGGUGGGCGCGUCUAUGUUGGUGAGCUUCAUCCGAUGAAGCAGAUUACUGGGACGAAGGCGCGGUUCGAAUCGGCGGCUACAGGGCGAGUUGAGGAAGUGACAUGCUAUACCCACCACACGUCCGAUUUUGUUGGGGCUGCGAUGGCACGAGGGUGGACCCUGGAGCGUUUGGACGAACGGUUCGACCAGGAUGAUCGAACCCAACUGCCUCGAAUUCUCGGCCUUCUCUUUCGAAUAGGUUGCUGAGGGACAACAUCAUAAUGGAGGCCCUCCCAGCCAUUCCUUCGUAUCUUCUCGAGAACUACUCGCUCUUCAAAACGCACGGCCGCCUACACAACUCAGGACGGAACUACGAGCUAGUACAGGCGGUUGACGUCAUCGAUGGUCAUGGCACUGCACUGGCAACGCGCUCACAGUCCGUUUGGUCCAAUGCUUGCUUUGAGUCGAUGGUCAUCUCGCACAUGACGGGGAACACAACAGUCAGAAUGGCGCAUGCCACUCACACGAGCACAUUGCAGAUAGGCGCGUACAGAUCGGUGUGCUCGGCAGUCGAGAUGUCGUUCCUGGUGUGUAUGGGUCGGGUGCACAAGGAACGGCGACUCCAGCCAUGGUCC